GGAGGGAGCCUCGGUGUUGUGUGAGAGGACCUAGGCAGCUAAAUAGCAUGUGUCAUCUUCAUUAUCUAAAAUAAUAAGAAAAAAUACUUCACUCUGGUCAAGGGGCUUCUAAUUCUGAGCAGCCCCACAGAUCUAGAGAUAUCCACGUGACAGGAGCAGCUAUAUGAGAAAGCAACCCAAGCAUCAGGACCAGUAGUAACCUACCACUUCACCUCCGCUCGAAGCGCAGAUGCAGACAAUCUAGAGGAGAAUCUACUGGCUUUGUAUCCUUUGCUUUAAACCCCAAGGUAAAACGAGACGUCUGAAUGGUGUAGACAAGUUUGUUGAAGUGAAGAAGGACACGCUUUCACCGGGGAAGCAGGUAUUAUCGGAAUAAAACUCGCGUGCAUCUCAGGGAGAUCACUCGGACCUCUGUUCUCUUUAGACUAACUUUUCAUACAAGAGGUGAUGCUGUAUGCUCCAAAUCCACUGUGGCUUUCUGAAGUGGAUUUAGACUGUCACAUAUGCAGAAACUGGAGGACACGAACCAGAUAAUUCAUCCCAAACACCACUGGCACUUCUUAUUCGAGUCGGAACACCAGCCGUCCAGAUGCAGUUUCGACUUUUCUCAUUGGCUUUAAUCGUGUUGCACUGUAUGGAGUACAGCAACUGUCAAACGCAGUCAAAUCGCUGGAGGAGGAACAAAAGAGCUAGCUAUGGAGUGUACCCCAUCUGCAAGGGCUGCUCGGUGUGCUCCAAGGACAAUGGCUGCGUGAACUGCCAGCCCAAGCUCUUCCUGUUCCUGCGGAGGGAGAGGAUGAGACAGUACGGCGAGUGUCUCCACGCAUGUCCGAUGGGAUACUUUGGCAUUCGAGCUCCUGAGAUCAACACGUGCUCCCGGUGCAGGAUAGAUAACUGUGAGUCCUGCUUCAGUAAAGACUUCUGCACGAAGUGCAAGGCAGGGUUUUACCUGCACAAAGGGCGCUGCUCCGAGAAGUGCCCCGAGGGCUUUGCGCCCCUGGAGGACACCAAGGAGUGUGGAGAGGGCUGCGAGGUGGGCCAGUGGAGCGAGUGGGGGUCUUGCACCAGGAGAAACAAAACCUGCGGCUUCAAGUGGGGUCUGGAGACGCGGACGCGGCACAUCGUGAAGAAGCCUCCCAAGGACACGAUACCCUGCCCCACCAUCGCUGAGUCCAAGAGAUGCAAAAUGGCCAUUAGGCACUGCAGGAGAGGAGGAUCAGGGAAGCAGCGACCCAAAGAACCAAAGAAGUCCAACAAGCAGAGGCUCCGGUUCCAGGCCCAGAACCAGCAUAGUGACCACCUGGCCUCCAUGAGCUCCAGCCAGUAGAGGACUGAGUCCCCCCCCAUCCCUUGGAACCUAAACAACACAAAGCUGCUAGCUGCUGCUCCACAAACCUCCACCCCACCCCCCACCCCAGCACACAGUCACACUACACCAUAUUAAUGACCCUACACAUGUCUAUGGUUGUAGUAAAGUACACAUAUGCCCUCUGUCUCUGUCUCUCUCUGUCUUCUGCUGCUUCCCUCGUACCGCAGAGUACCGCAUCGUAGUGUGCCACUGACAGAUCAGCCAAUCAGCUCCCCCCUUUUGACCCCACUGUGACAUCAUAGAACUCAUAGAAACACUCGUUCCUUUUGCUCACACGCCAUGUACGUCUGGGGAGAACAAACCAACGAGGGAGACCGACACACACCGACUGACAGACGGAGGACGCGAAAGAGCCGGAGAAUGAGGAAUGAGAUGGAUGUUGAUAAUAGUGGUGACGGCCCAGCGAUGGGGGCUAUGGAAGACGCCAAGACGACGAAUCUGACGGAGAGAGGAAGAGCGUGCGAAGAGAGAAUGAGAGGAUGAUCAAGAGAAGAGGAGAGAUUUGGCAGAAGGGUGACGGCUAUUAAGUGACAUCUUGAAAUAAUUGAGACUUUUCUGUAUUUAUUUCAAAGCAAACUCUUAUUUUCCCUCAUUGGAGGCGGAGUGUUCCAUGUAUGGCCUUUUUGUUCAUUGUGUACAUUUUUUGAGAGUCAUGUUAAGAAAUACCAUGCGUAGUUGCAGUGUAUUUUAUUCUCAGCACAAAAUGUUUACGUCCAGAACCCGCUUUAAUGCUCUAACUGUAUGCUGUGGAUAAAGACAUGUUAGUUGUUCGAACUUAGCAUGGCAACAAACUUAUGUGUACAUAGUUGAUGAGUUCAUCUAAUUAUAAAACCUAUUACUGUAUUUUCGGUAUUGACUCCUCCCAGUGUUCUAAAUGUUUCAGAGAAAAGGAUGUAAUACCAAGCUACAGAUUCAAAAAAGACUGAAAACGAAAUAAUAAACAUAGCCAACACAUAGCUAUUACAUUUAUAUGGUAUAUAUUUGAUUUAUUUAUUGAUUCUAUUUUGUACUUUUGUGUUCGGUGACAAUUUUGUCUCGUACUGUUACUCCUCUGUGCUGAAAUAUGAUUUGAAUCCCACAAUACAGAUAUCCUUAAAAGAGCCUCUUGUUUGUGUCUGGUCAUGCGAAACAGUUUGAGUGUUGCAUCGCGUUCAUGUGGUCUCAUCUACUGAUUUCAAUGUUUCAAAAACGGCAAAAAUAAAGUGCGUACUUUGUUUGACAUUCCUUUAGGUUUGAUAUUCAGGGUUCGACAAAUAUAUGGUCAUAGGACUACAUAUGUGUUUGAUUAAAAUACAUUUCAUGUGA